AUGGGGAGACGCCUCAAGUUUCUGCAGAAACUGGCUUUCCUGGGUCAGGACCACCGGUACAAGGCUCUGGAGAGGGACGAGGUAGAGACCCUGAUCGACGACCAGUAUGAGCUGAAAGCCAUCGAAAGAGAAAAGUCUGUCACAGCUCUGCCGCCCAGGGAAGCGUGCAAAUGCAGCAAAGGAGAUUUGGCCAGAGCCUUCCAUGUGGACCUGGACAGUGGCCUGUCGGAGAUGGCCGUGGCCCAGCGCAGGCUGGUCCAUGGCUGGAAUGAGUUUGUCACGGAUAAUGCUGAGCCUAUAUGGAAGAAAUACCUGGAUCAGUUCAGGAACCCCCUGAUCCUGCUGCUGCUGGGCUCAGCCGUGGUGAGCGUCCUCACCAAGGAGUAUGAGGAUGCCAUCAGCAUCGCCCUGGCCGUGCUGAUCGUGGUGACUGUUGGUUUCAUCCAGGAAUACAGGUCGGAGAAAUCUCUGGAAGAGCUGACCAAGCUGGUGCCUCCAGAGUGCAACUGCCUGAGGGAUGGCAAGCUCCAACACAUGCUCGCCCGAGACCUGGUUCCAGGAGACAUCGUGUUCCUGUCCAUCGGAGACCGGAUCCCUGCUGACAUCCGACUCACAGAGGUCACAGACCUCCUGGUGGACGAAUCCAGUUUCACAGGAGAAGUGGAGCCAUGCAGUAAAACAGACAGCCCACUGGCAGCCAGUGGAGAUCUCAGCACCCUGAGCAACGUGGUCUUCAUGGGGACGCUGGUGCAGUGCGGGAAGGGUCAGGGAGUUGUGAUCGGAACCGGGGAACAGUCUCAGUUUGGAGAAGUGUUCAAAAUGAUGCAGGCGGAAGAGACACCUAAAACUCCUCUGCAGAAGAGCAUGGACAAGUUGGGCAAGCAGCUGACUAUCUUUUCCUUUGGCAUCAUUGGUCUCCUGAUGCUGGUCGGUUGGAUGCAAGGCAAGCCCCUUCUCAGCAUGUUCACUAUCGGGGUCAGCUUGGCUGUGGCGGCCAUCCCAGAGGGGCUGCCCAUCGUUGUCAUGGUGACACUGGUCCUGGGGGUGCUGCGGAUGGCCAAGAAGCGGGUCAUUGUGAAGAAGCUGCCCAUCGUGGAGACCCUCGGCUGCUGUAACGUCAUCUGCUCUGACAAGACAGGCACUCUGACAGCCAACGAAAUGACAGCGACCCAGCUCGUCACUUCCGAUGGGUUCCAUGCUGAGAUCAGUGGAGUCGGGUACAGUGGCGAAGGGGCCGUGUGUCUCCUUCCAUCCAAGGAAGUGAUCCAGGGAUUCAGCAACGUUUCGGUGGGGAAGCUGGUGGAGGCAGGCUGCAUCGCCAACAACGCUGUCAUCAGGAAGAACACUGUGAUGGGACAGCCCACAGAAGGGGCCUUGAUGGUGCUGGCCAUGAAGAUGAACUUAGGUGACGCCAAAGAUUCCUACACACGGAGAAAGGAGAUUCCCUUCAGCUCAGAGCAGAAGUGGAUGGCCGUGCGGUGCAGCCCGAAGAAUGAGGACCGGGAAGACAUUUUCUUCAUGAAGGGGGCCUUUGAGGAAGUGAUCCGUCACUGCAGCAUGUACAACAAUGGGGGCAUCCCCCUGCCUCUGACGCCCCAACAGAAGUCCUGCUGGCUGCAGGAAGAGAAGAAGAUGGGCUCGCUUGGACUGCGGGUGCUGGCCCUGGCAUCUGGGCCUGAGCUGGGGAGACUGACGUUCCUGGGUCUUGUUGGCAUCAUCGACCCGCCGAGGGCUGGUGUGAAGGAAGCGGUCCAGGUCCUCUCCGAGUCUGGUGUGUCAGUGAAGAUGGUGACAGGAGACGCCCUAGAGACAGCCUGGGCCAUAGGAAGAAACAUCGGCCUAUGCAACGAGAAGCUGCGAGCCAUGUCUGGGGAGGAGGUGGAAGGCAUGGAGCAGGAUGCACUGGCUGCCCGAGUGAGGCAGGUGUCUAUAUUCUUCAGGACCAGCCCGAAGCACAAGGUUAAAAUCAUAAAGGCACUGCAGGAGUCAGGGGCGAUUGUGGCCAUGACGGGGGAUGGCGUGAAUGAUUCCGUUGCCCUCAAGUCCGCGGACAUCGGGAUCGCCAUGGGCCAGACAGGGACGGACGUCAGCAAAGAGGCCGCUAACAUGAUUCUGGUGGACGACGACUUCUCAACCAUUAUGAGCGCGGUGGAGGAAGGCAAAGGCAUCUUCUACAACAUCAAGAACUUUGUCCGCUUCCAGCUGAGCACGAGCAUUGCAGCCCUGAGCCUCAUCACCCUGUCCACCGUGUGCAACCUGCCCAGCCCCCUCAACGCCAUGCAGAUCCUGUGGGUGAACAUCAUCAUGGAUGGACCGCCAGCACAGAGCCUGGGGGUGGAGCCUGUGGACAGAGAUGCCCUGCGGAGGCCUCCGAGGAGCAUGGGGGACAGCAUCCUGAACAGAGCCUUGAUCCUGAAGGUCCUCAUGUCAGCUGCUGUCAUCAUAGGAGGGACCCUCUUUAUUUUCUGGAGAGAGAUCCCAGAGAACGGGACCAGCACCCCGCGCACCACCACCAUGGCCUUCACCUGCUUCGUGUUUUUUGAUCUCUUCAAUGCCCUAAGCUGCCGCUCUCAGACCAAGCUGAUAUUUGAGAUUGGCUUUUUCCGGAACCACAUGUUCCUGUUCUCGGUCCUUGGGUCCCUUCUCGGGCAGCUCGCUGUGAUCUAUGCCCCACCCCUGCAGAAGGUCUUCCAGACAGAAAACCUGAGAGCUCUCGACCUGCUGCUGUUAGCGGGCCUGGCCUCGUCCGUCUUCGUUCUGUCAGAGCUGCUGAAGCUGUGUGAUAAGUUCUGCUCUGGAGCCAGGGCCACCCAGAUGCUCCCAGAGGCCGUGUAGAGGAACCACUGUGUCAACA